GUUUUCGUAGAGUCACAGGUCCGACUUCCCUAUUCCUUCCCGUCUCUUCCUCAUGAUAGCCAACAGCGGUAAAAGAACGGUGCGGUGAGAAACCUUUCACGAAGUGGGCAGGCGGACGAGUGUUUGGAAAAGCGACCAGCUGACUGGUUUAGUGCUUUAGAAUUUAGAUUUUCCGGAUUUACCUCAGCAAGAACAAACAUCAUGCAGAGCAUAGUCAACACGAUUAAAGGGAGAGCCAUUGACUUGGCGGCUCAAAUGACUCCAGUGUUGAAGGAAUCAAGGUUCCGGGAGAGCGGAAUGCUGACGCCUGAGGAAUUCGUCGCUGCCGGGGAUCAUCUCGUAGCAACCUGCCCCACGUGGAACUGGGCGAAGGGAGACGCAAGCUAUGUCAAGACCUACUUACCUGAAGACAAACAAUUCUUGGUGACGAGGAAUGUACCGUGCUCUAAGCGAUGUCGAGAUAUGGAAUAUAACAGCGAGAGUGAGAAGGUCAUCGAAGACGAAGGAGCCGGUGAGGGCUGGGUCGACCCGUACUUCUACGCCCCGCCUACCACCUUCAAGGAUAUUAAUAAAGUAAGACCUUUGACGGGCUCGGCUUUGAUUGGGAAUUCACCGCACAAGACAACAAAUACUGAUUUCUGUAUCGUCCAUAAGACAGGAACGAGUCAGAGUCAAGCCGGCGGAGAGAAGGACGAUGAAGAUAACGAAGACGACGACGAUGGCGAAGCUGUAGAUAUGGACGCGUUCCUAGAGAAUUUGGACGAGGAUCCGGGGGCGGCUUCUGAAACGGUCGUUAAACAGCCCGAAGAGGAAUGCGGCGUUCUAUCGACGCGAACCUACGAUCUGAACAUCACCUACGAUAACUACUACAGGACUCCCCGCCUAUGGCUCACCGGAUACGACGAGUAUCACCAGCCUUUGAGAACCAAGGAGCUCUACGAGGACAUCAGCCAAGACUUCGCCAAGAAAACCGUCACAGUCGAGCCGCACCCUCAUCUCGAUGGCCCUCCCCAGGCGUCUGUUCAUCCCUGCAAGCACGCGCAGGCAAUGAAGAAUCUCAUACAAACCGUUGAAGACGGCGGAGGCUGCCUCGAGGUUCACAUGUACUUGAUUGUAUUCUUGAAAUUCGUACAAGCUGUAAUUCCUACAAUCGACUACGAUUACACGACUAAUUUCAAUAUGAGCUGAUUCUAAUGAGAUGUUAGAGGACUUGUCGACACUCAUCGCAAACCUGUACAGAACAAUGCAGCUCGCUAGGGAAUUAUGAAGGAAGUUUCGACGCAUCGAUGGCCGGAGAAAUGUGAUCGAAUCUGCGGAGCCGACCUGGGUGUUCGCUCGCAGCAUUCGAGCUCCCCUUAAAGACGCUCUUCACGAGAGCAUCGACAUUAUUGGCGCGGCGGCGAUACUUAUCUCUCCGAGUCAGCGAACACCAGAGUAUCGAUACUCCCGGCUCCCGGUGGUUGGAGGAUGUCAAUUGAAUAAAAGAAUAUUUACCCGAGUUGAA